CAUUCCUCCACUCAAUUUCCAGCCUCCUCUGAAAAUUCGUCAGAUCCCGACAGUCUCGAGACUCCCGACCCGUCGCCGGCGUCAUCUUCGUCGUUCGCCGGAUCUUGCGUUGUUUUGUCCAGGCGUCGUCUUAGAUCCUGUCUCGCCUUGUCUCGUCCACGCGUCGUCUUCGUCGGAUCUCAAUUCUGCUUCUAUGGGCAAUCUCAAUUCUAUUCGUGUUCAUCUUCAACAAGAGAAGGGAGCUUCUUGCUGUAAUCUUGGGCUUCACUCUCUACUAGGCAUCCAACUUCUUCAUCCGCUGCUCUCUCUCUAGAUACCCUCUUUUCAUCAACACCUCCGUCUCCUUGCUCCACUCCUUCAUCACCUACGCUUCAGGAUUGCAACCUAGGGGAGCACUGAUGACUUGAACAGAGCUGAUGUUAUUAUUGGUUUUGGUCCUUGAUAUCGCCAUCCAAGGCUGAACCUAUGUUCUCUUAACAAGGAUUAUACAUAAAGCCUGAUUUUUGACAGAAUAAAAUGUGGAACUUAAAAUGAUAGGGUUUGCUUGCAGUUCACGAUCAAAAAGGGAAAAACGAAUGGACCAUGGAAGAGGGAUGGAUUUGUUGGAGCGAUGUAAGGCAAUCCUCAGGAUCCAAAAACUUCGCCGGUUUGUAUCCUACACAGGCUUCUACUGCUUUGCCACCCUCAUCACCUAUGCCUACACCAGCAACACGACUAGGGCUGGCAUGUCGAGGGCUGAUCAGUUCUAUGCCUCGUACCCUGCUGGUACAGAGCUCCUCACCGACACUGCUAAGUUGUACAAGGCAGCUCUUGGUAAUUGUUUCGAAGAGGAAGAUUGGGGACCGAUAGAGUUCUCUAUAAUGGCGAAGCAUUUUGAACGCCAAGGCAAACCUCCAUAUGCAUACCAUGCUCAAUACAUGGCCCAUCUUCUUUCUCAUGGACAGCUCGACGACGGAAGUGGGUAGAAAUUUGUGCCGAUAGAGCAAAUUUGCCAAGCUUCUCUUCAAAAUCUAUGGCAGUUCUGCACUAUGUCGAAGUUUUUGAAGGCCUUGUUAAUUUUCUUGGUACCUUUCUUAUUGAAGCCCGGACAGUGUAAGGAAAUGAACUCAUUCUGGACGAAAGCUUAACCCUUAUUAUUAUUAUUAUUAUUAUUAUUAUUUCAUAUUUCUGUUCGCCAAAGGAGGCUGAUACUGUUGACAUAACACCAGAGUUUAUUUUUUUGGUUUUGCGCUUAAUCAUCUGGUAUAAUCAGGAAUGGCUUUACCAUCUAGUCAACAAGCCUUACGUGUAUUGUUAUGAUGAAGACGAAAAUGUGGUGCAAAGAAUAGCUCAUUGCAAAGUUCUGAAAGAAUUUAUUUCGA